AUGGCGGGGAAUACGUUAAACAAGCUUGCGUUCCUCUCCAUGGAGGCGCCCGCCGGGUACGUCGCUGGCCUUGGGCGAGGCGCGAGUGGAUUUACGACGCGCUCGGACAUUGGCCCCGCGCGCGAAGGCCCGUCCGCGGAGGCAAUUGCAGCCGCGAAGGCAAAGCGUGGCGAAGACGGCGACGAAGAAGAGGACACGGAACGGUUCCAGGACCCUGAAGAAGAAACUGGGCUAUUUGCUUCUGCAGAGUACGACCGCGAUGAUGAAGAAGCAGAUAAGAUAUGGGAUAGCGUCGACCGCCAGAUGGACGAGCGGCGGCGAAAGCAGCGCAAAGCACGCGAAAAAGCAGCGCUCGAGGAAGAGCGCGCCAAGAUGCCCAAGAUCCAAGCACAGUUUGCAGACUUGAAGCGCAACUUGACCAGCGUGAGCGAGGAGGAAUGGGCUGCUCUGCCCGAGCCCGGCAACCUUACCGGAAAGCGCCGCAAAGCCGCGUCGAUGCGCGAAAGCCGCGACGAUCGGACGUUUGCGGUGCCAGACAGCGUGCUCGUCAGUGCGCGCGACCAAAACCAAGUACAGCACGAGGCUACGGAUGUGGAUAGCGGCACCAUGAGCUCUCUGACUGAAAUUGGUGAGGCGCGCAACAAGGUGUUUUCGCACAAGCUCGACGAGGCGUCCACAGGCAGCAACAUUGCCGCAUCGGGCCUCUCGUCGACAAUUGAUCCCAAAGGCUACCUCACCGAGCUUUCUGGUGUCUCGGUCAAGUCCAACGUAGAGAUUGGAGACAUUAAGAAGGCGCGCAGCCUGCUGGACUCGGUCAUCAAGACGAAUCCAAAGCACGCGCCUGGCUGGAUCGCCGCCGCGCGUCUCGAAGAGGUUGCGGGAAAGAUGGCUAUUGCGCGCAAAGUCAUUGCGCAAGGGUGCGACCAGUGCCCCAAAAGCGAGGACGUGUGGCUCGAGAGUGCGCGGCUCAACACCACCGAGAACGCCAAAGUGAUUCUCGCGCAAGCGAUCCAGUACCUGAGCCAGUCGGUCAACAUUUGGCUGCGCGCGCAGGAGCUUGAAAACGACACCAACAGCAAGCGCCGCGUCCUGCGCAAAGCCCUCGAGCACAUCCCCAGCUCGGUCAAACUCUGGAAGGAGUUGGUCAACCUGGAAAACUCACCCGAGGACGCGCGCAUUCUCUUGACCGGCGCCGUCGAAGCCAUUCCCGCAAGCAUCGAGCUAUGGCUAACGCUUGCGCGUCUUUCCAGCCCACAAGAGGCCAAGAGCGUGCUGAACAAGGCACGCCGCUCGAUCCCCACGUCUCACGAGAUUUGGAUCGCCGCCGCACGCCUCAUCGAGCAAAUGGGCGAGCCGGAAGAUCGCAUCCAGCGCACGGUGAGCACCGCCGUCGCUUCCCUUCAUAAAGCCGGCGCGAUUUUAACCCGCGACCAGUGGCUCCGCGAAGCGGAGCAAGCCGCACGCGAAAAAAGCCCGCUGACCUGCGCGGCCAUCAUCCAUGCAACGAUUCAUAUGGACAUUGACGAGGCGGAUCGCAGCAGGAUCUGGGUCGAGGAUGCACAGGCUGCGUGGGAAAGGGGCAUGUACGAAAGUGCACGCGCAAUCUUCUCGCACGCGCUACAAGAAUUUCCCGAUGCACUCGCCAUCUGGCAGCAGGCUGCCAUGCUCGAGAAGCAGCUCGGGGACAAUGCGUCGCUUGAGGCGCUUUUGGAGCGCGCCGUGCUCCACUGCCCCACCGCUGAAGCGCUUUGGCUCUUGUACGCCAAGGAAAAACGCUCAGCGCAAGACGUGGACGGCGCGCGUGAAAUACUCAUUCGCGCUUUUGACCACAAUCUUGGCUCCGAAGCCAUUUCCCUUGCCGCAGCGGAGCUCGAGGCGGACUAUGGUGAAGAACACGCGGCCUCCAAACUGCUCCAGCGCGCGCGCCGCCAAGUUGAAACGGCACGCGUAUGGAUCAAAAGUGUGCAGUUCGAGCGCAACAUGGGCCACACACAGCAAGCACUCGAGCUUGUGCGCCAAGGUUUGCAGCAGUUUCCCAAGGCAGACAAGCUCCAUAUGCUCCAUGGCCAGCUCCACGAGCAGCUCGCCGCCACGGGCGACCACGACGCGGAAAUACGCGCGGCGCGCGAUGCGUACGCACAAGGGCGAAAACAAGUGCCGUCUUCCGUGCCCCUCUGGAUUCUCAGCAGCCGCUUGGAAGAGCGCGAGCACCUUGCCAUUCGCGCGCGUGUCAUUAUGGAAAAAGCGCGACUUGCACACGAGCACAGCGAAGAGAUCUGGGCCGAGGCUGCUGCGAUUGAAAUGCGUGCAGGCAGUGAGGCGCAGGCCAAAACACUGCUCCACCGCGCAUUGCAGACCAACCCAACCUCGGGCUUGUUGUGGAGCGAGCUCAUCUGGACCGAGCCGAAAAUUACACGCAAAACACGCGCUGCCGACGCGCUGCGCCGCUCGGGCGACAAUGCACAGGUGAUUUGUACCGUGGCACGCCUCUUUUGGCAGGAAGGCAAGGUUGCCCAAGCUCGCAGCUGGUUCGAAAAGACGGUGCAUGCAAACCGCGACUGGGGCGAUGGAUGGGCGUGGUGGCUGUUAUUUGAGGAGGAGCAGGCUGACAAUGGUGCGCGCGUGCAGCAGCUCCUCGAUACCAUUGCCAAGGUCGAGCCGCGCCACGGCGCAGCAUGGCAAGCCGUCCGAAAAGAGCCUGCCAACACAAGGCUCGAUACCAAAGCGAUUCUCGCACGCGUCGCGUCGCGGCUAGCGUCGCAAAACAUACCAAAAUAA